AUGGAAACACUUGGCAGCUCAAGAAACGACCAGCAGUUCCGUUUGUUACAAAAGCGUCUAAAUGGAAUGAAAGCGACGAUAUGGCGCGGUGCCGAUCCUGUGGCUAAGACUAAAUUGGCCUCUGCCAUCAAAAACAUCAAUCCGUCACAGGCAUUGACCGGCAUUAAACGGUUAUUGCAGGCAAUCUCUGUAUUCAGUUAUUUGAAUGACUCUGAGGUCUGGAAACGAUUAAAGGCGACGAACAAGCUUCUUCGGCAGGAGCUUAAGCUCACACAAGACGAAUACAAUAAAUCAACGGGAAAGAGCGCCAAACUCUUGGAUUGCUGGGAUGAGUGGUUCGAGAAUCAUUUGAACGACAUGGUCAGUGAUUCCACAGACUGGCUCACCGAAGCACUUAAGAAAAUGGAAGAUGCAUGGAAGAACAAAAACAGCAAGCAAAGGGCUAAGGUACUCCGAAUCAUCAAGGACCUUCGAGGCCAAAUCAGCAAAAAGGUUAAGCUCAAUGUAAAAGAUGUUUACUAG